AUGAACAACUUCCAAUCCGUACCCGCACAGCAAGAAGGCGUUUUCAACGCAGCCCCAGGCCUCAACCCACCACCAAACCCAGCAACAAAAGACUACAAACUAAACCACCUCGCCAUCCGCAUCACAGAUCCAGCCCGCUCACUCCACUUCUACAUCGACCUCCUAGGCAUGCGAAUCAUCUUCACCAUGAACGCCGGCCCCUUCACAAUCUACUACCUAGGUCAUCCACCAGAAAGCCAAAGCGAAGAAGAAAUCCACGACUGGGCCCAGCGCACCAGUGAAAUCCCCACCAUGACCAAAACAGCCGGUUUGUUAGAACUGUAUCACACGCAUGGAGCGGAGACUAGCGCGGGAAUCGCUACGGGCAAUGAGCCGCCGAGUCUGGGGUUUUCGCAUUUGGGGUUCACGGUUCCCGAUGUGCCUGCUGCUGUGGAGAGGUUGAGGGAGAAUGGAGUGAGGAUUCUGAAGGAUGUGGGUGCUUGUUCGAGGGAGACGGUGCCGCUUUCGGAGUGGGAGGCUGAGAGGGGGAUUGGGAGGGGGGAGAUUCAUGAGAAUUAUGCUUGGUUCUUUGAGAAGUUUGCCAUGGUUGCUGAUCCGGUGAGUUGA